CCCAACACCGGGUCAAAGAACCCUAAACCUUGAUUCAAAGGCAGUCAGCCGGCGGCAGCCUCCACUUCCUCUACUUCACUUGUUAUUUUCCUCUUUCCGGCGGCCAUUCGUUUCUCUCGAUCUCGACAUUUCCGCCAUUGAUGAAGCACAACCAGUGGCGAUGAGGAUAUCGCAGCUCUCAGCGCGGUCUCGGGCCUUUCUCGGCACCGUUCUCCGAGAAUCCCCAAUUAUCUCCGCCGUUAGGCUCCCGCCGGGCCAUUCUUUCUGCAUCUCCUCAUACUCCCCCCGAACUCUAUUGACUUCCCCUCAUUCUCACGAUUCUCCAAUCCCUAGGCAAACAACAACAUCAAUUUCUGCUCCGCUAUCAUUCCGCAAUUCCCAUUUCCACGCUAGGGUUCGGUUGUUUUCCUCCGCAAGAACGAUCCAAGAGCUCCUGGCGGAUGUCGAGAGGGAGAAGCAGAAGGAGAGGGAGGAGAGGAGAAGGGCCGGCUUGGAUGUAGCGGUUAUCGAUGCCGAGGACGAAGAGGAUUACAUGGGCGUCGGUCCGCUUAUUGAGAAGCUCGAGAAGCAGAACCUCAAGGACUCUGGGCACGACCUCAAUAUGUAUGAAGAGGCCACCGAUUCUGACAGCGAAGAUGACGAGAGGUUCAGUCCAGAUGCCAUCCAGAAAGGGGCCGAAUUGUUCGAGAAGAAGUUUAAGAGACACGAGGAGCUCCUCAAAAACUUCACCGAGGCCGAGACACUUGACGAUGCUUUCAAAUGGAUGAACAGAAUCGACAUGUUUGAGCAAAAACAUUUGCAUCUUCGCCCAGAAUAUCGUGUCAUUGGUGAGUUGAUGAAUCGGUUGAAAGAAUCAACUGGAAAGGAUAAGUUUCUUCUUCAACAGAAGCUUAAUAGGGCCAUGAGGUUAGUAGAGUGGAAGGAAGCUUAUGAUCCCAAUAAUCCUGCCAAUUAUGGAGUCAUUCAGCAGGAACAAGGGGGACCCUCUGUUGAUCUUCUGGAACAUGCCGGAUUUGAAAAGCAAAAACAAAUCAUACAAGGGGGAUUAGAUGAAGAUGAUGAUGUGUUUGACGACAUGAAGGAGAAGGAUGAUAUAUUGUUAGGGAAGCUUAAUUCUAUAGACAAGAAACUUGAAGAGAAGCUAGCAGAGUUGGAUCAUACAUUUGGAAAGAAGGGAAAGCUUCUGGAAGAGGAGAUCAGAGAUCUAGCUGAGGAGAGGAACUCGUUGAUAGAGAAGAGGAGAAUACCUCUUUACAGGAAAGGUUUUGAUGUGAGGCUAAUUGAUGUGAAUCGGACUUGUAAAGUUACCAAGGGGGGACAAGUGAUCAAAUACACUGCUAUGUUGGCUUGUGGGAAUUACCAUGGUGUUAUUGGUUUUGCAAAAGCCAAAGGCGCAGCAGUUCCUAUUGCCCUUCAGAAGGCACAUGAGAAAUGCUUUCAGAAUCUUCAUUAUGUGGAGCGACAUGAAGAGCAUACCAUUGCACAUGCGGUUCAAACCACGUAUAAGAAAACUAAGUUGUAUCUUUGGCCUGCACCAACUCAGACGGGGAUGAAAGCAGGCAAAACUGUCCAAACCAUUUUAAAUUUAGCCGGAUUCAAAAAUGUGAAGUCUAAGGUUGUUGGCUCAAGGAAUCCUCAUAACACAGUGAAGGCCCUCUUUAAGGCUUUAAAUGCGAUUGAAACUCCCAAAGAUGUUCAAGAGAAGUUUGGCCGGACGGUGGUCGAGUCCUACCUGCUGUAAUACGUAUGCUUUAUGAAAAUCUUAUCACCAUUGAUUCUUGAUCUUUAACUAUAGGACUUAUUAAUUCAGCAGGAUUGCAUUAGGGGGGUUAGGUCUGGGUUAACCCUUGCCUCUUUCUUUCCAAAGUGGUAAAAUGUUGUUUCUUGCUCUUUUACUUAGUAAAAGCACCAUUUUAGGAAAUUAAAUUUGUUUUGUCAUUUGCA